GCGCCACGCUCAGCCAUGGCCGGUCCAGUGCCCGAGCGGCGGCUGUGGCCACUGGCAGCGCUGGCCCUGGUCCUGGCAUUGGCCCCGAGACUGCCCGCAUCCGGGGCCGGGCAGACGCCGCGCCCCGCCGAGCGCGGGCCCCCGGUACGGCUCUUCACCGAGGAGGAGCUGGCGCGAUACAGCGGGGAGGAGGAAGAUCAGCCCAUCUACCUGGCUGUGAAGGGAGUGGUGUUUGAUGUCACUUCCGCGAAGGAGCUCUAUGGACGAGGAGCCCCCUACAACGCCCUGACCGGGAAGGACUCCACCCGAGGGGUGGCCAAGAUGUCCCUGGACCCUGCAGACCUCACCCAUGACACUACGGGUCUCACAGCCAAGGAACUUGAGUCCCUGGAGGACGUCUUCACCAAGGUGUACAAGGCCAAGUACCCCAUCGUGGGCUACACAGCCCGCAGGAUCCUCAAUGAGGAUGGCAGCCCAAACCUGGACUUCAAGCCUGAGGACCAGCCCCACUUCGACAUAAAGGACGAGUUCUGAGGUGCCCUGGCCUGACGUAAAACUCCAUGCCUCUUGGAGCCAGAUCCAUGUGAGCCUUCUCUGCAUGCGUGGUCAGGUGCUCUGUGUCCCUGGGGGAUCCUGCCUCUCCACUCCUGGUGGUGAUGGCCCAAGCAGGAAACUUCCUAAAUGCCAGCAGAAUCCCAAGUGACCUUUAUUGGCCCUUGACACAUGGCUGUACGGGCCCGAUUUUCUACCGUGACUAUGUUUGCUUUGUAACAAGAACAAAAAUAAAUGUCCUAUUCUUCCUAAA